AUGCCGCAUCGUUCGACGUAUCCGCCGGUGAGAAUCGCCGAGAAGCCUUAUCAUGAGCUCAUUCUGAAUUCCAUCGAUCAAACCAUCGCCAGCGGCAAAAACAAAAUCGCAUUUAUCAGCGGCGACAAUCCGAACGCGACAUUGACGUAUGAGCAACUCCGUCAUGACGUCUACGCGAUCGCCACCUACCUGCACUCGAUUGGAUUCAAACGCGACGUCGCCGCCAUCGUUCUGCCCAACGUCUUCCACUACGCCUCGUUCUUUUUGGCGUGCGCGCUCAACGGCGGCUCGAUUUCGGGCGCCAGCGCUCUAUUCACCGAUUUCGAGCUUCAACGCCAAUUCGUCGACUCGCGCUCGAAAGUCGUGCUCACCUAUGAGGACUUUCUGCCGAAGGUGCUGCUCGCCGUCAAACAGUGUCCGCUGAUCGAGAAGAUCAUUGUGAUACCGCGAGCGGCCGGCUCGUCGCUGCCGUCGGGCGUCGUCAAUUGGAACGACGUGGUGUCGACGAAGAUCACCGUCGUUCCGCACGCGAGCAUCGACGUCCACAAGGACAUGAUCAUGCUUCCGUAUUCGAGCGGAACGACCGGAUCGCCGAAAGGCGUCAUGAUCUCGCACUACAAUAUGACGGCGAUGAUCUCGAUGUAUCUCAGCAUCGAUGAGAAGCACAUUCUGAGUGUUCUCGAUCCGAAUUGGGAUAGCUAUCGCGAGAAGGCCCUUCUAUUCCUGCCAUUCUACCAUUGCUACGGCUUCGGAUUGCUCAACCAUUGCCUUCUCAAGGGUAUGACCGGCGUCGUGAUGAGCCAUUUCGAGCCGACCAACUUCCUCGGCGCAAUUCAAAAGUACCGAAUUCGAAUGUUGGCGCUCGUGCCGCCAAUUAUGGUGUUUCUCGCCAAACACCCGAUAUGCGCCAAAUUCGACAUCUCGUCGGUGCAGUUGAUAAUGGCCGGCGCGGCGCCGGCGGGAAAAGAUUUGAUCGAGGAGCUGAAGCGGAAGUAUCCGAACAUCAAGCACAUUCAGCAGGGAUAUGGUAUGACCGAGUUGACGAUGGCCAGCCAUCUUCCCGAUCUUCGCAACAAUCAGCCGUAUGGAUCGGUGGGAAAGUUGGCGCCAAAUUUGGUCAUGAAGAUCGUCGAUCUCACUACGGGCCACGAGGUCCCGGCGGGAAAGCGCGGCGAGAUUUGCGUACAAGGUCCGACCGUCAUGCUGGGCUAUCUGGGACGACCGGAAGCCACCGCCAGCACGAUUGUCGACGGCUGGCUUCACACCGGUGACAUUGGAUAUCUUGACGACGAGGGUCAGCUGUUCAUCGUCGAUCGUUUGAAGGAGUUGAUCAAAGUGAAGGGCCUUCAAGUGCCGCCGGCCGAGUUGGAGGACCUUCUCCUCUCGCAUCCGAAGGUCAGAGAUUGUGCGGUCAUCGGAAUUCCCGACGCGAAGGCCGGCGAGCUUCCGAAAGCGUUUGUGGUGCGAGCGGACGAGUCGCUGAGCGAGCAGGAGGUCAAAGACUUUGUCAAAGACAAAGUUUCGGCUUAUAAGCAGCUCGCCGGCGGUGUCGAAUUCAUCGAAGAGAUUCCGAAAUCGGCAGCGGGAAAAAUUUUGCGUCGAUUCUUGAGAGAUAAAUCGACAUCGAAACUUUAA